AGAGUACAGUGUGUCUAUUCCGGGAGACAAUAAAAUCUAGGAUGAUCUCUUCGAAUGUGGAGGACGACACAGGAGAACAGGAAUUCACCCGAAACUGUCGCUACUUCAACAACUACAACAUCGCUUCCAGAAGAGUUUAAUAAGCAAACUCCAAUACUUCUCACUACAAAUGGAACAAUUUCGAGAAAUACAUGGGACAGUCACUGAAAAGCUUCGAAACUGGAUACUCAUCUCAAAAUCAAGAACGGACACAAUUUCAAUAAUGUAAAUAAUAUAUUUCAUUUUUUGCCAAUUUAUUAUUUUUGUUUUCUUCUUUUGUUUUUUUUAAAAUAAAUUAUUGUUUUAAAAUCG